AUGCAAGUUCCACCCAUCAUCCAAAAACUGCUUUCCCCUUUCCCUCUUUAUACUUACCCGGCAAUACCUCCUCCACGCCAAACCAAUACGUACCCGACGCCCUGUCUAUGGAUCCAUCCUCCACACUCGCCCGACGGUGUACUCAGCUCCGACGUCGAGUGCCUCAAAUGGCAAGCCUAUCUGGCUCUACGAGGCCUUGACCACACUGCCGUGCGCACCGACAUUGACCCUCAGGGUGCUAUCGAUGGGCAGCUUCCGAAUUUGUGGGACGGCGCGCAGCUGUUGGCAGCGAGGGAGCUGCCUGCUUGGGUCGACAGCAAGGUCAACAUUGACAAUGAUGGUGGACUAGAAGGCUACAAAGAUGAGGCGACGCGUGACGAGAGUCGAGCGUGGGUGGCGUUGUUGGAAGGAUGCGUGCACGCUGCGCUGCUCGUCGUCCAACCGACGUCGGUGCCGUUCUCCUUGGCGGAAACGAAAUCCCGCCCAAUAGAGUCAAUUCUCGCGCCGCCCCCAGCACCACUGUCAGGUCUUACUUCCCUCUUCCCGCCCUUUGGUAUGCGUAUCCCUCGCGAAGCUAUACAGUUGCGCUACCGGGAGGCCAUUGGGGCGCUCUCUGAGAGACUGGGCACCGACAAGUGGUUCCUGUCAUCCGAGGCUCCAACACCACUCGAUGCACUCGUCUUUGCGUACUUGCACUGUAUACUUCACUCGAAAGACUCGAUACGCAUCGAGGUGACGCGUAGGGUGAAUCUGGUCGCGUGGGAGUGGAGAGUGAGAGGAUUGGUUAGGGCGGCGUUUCUACCGAGACGGUGA